AGGUGACCCUAAGCCUUUUGACCUUGGGAAAAUAACGCCCUAGCUAUUGUUAGGUUUUUGGAUGGAUAAACAGGACUGCAUCUGUUAGUUGUUCAGCUGUCAUGUCUGCCACAGUGCUUAGCGCAGGAACGUGUGUGGCACAGAUGCUCAGCAUGCUGGCUCAAUCAGUGUGAACCUGUCUAGGUGUUAGUUUCCUCUUCUGUAAACUGAGAUCUUGGAUCCCUAACGUCUUUGACCUGUGACAUUCUCUAAUCCCAGAAGGAAAGGGAGGUAUCGGUCAAUCACCUGAUUGAUUUUCCUUUCCUCCCUUGUUCCCAGUAGUGUUGGAACCAUGUUCCUUCAAAAGUGAGGCCACCCUGGACAUGAGAGUGAACUUUUUAGGGAGUACUAGUUGUGGCUUAUGUGGGAAGAGGGAGAGUAACUGUGCAAGAAAACUUAGAGACCAGAUAGGACCCAGUAUAGGUGGGGUAGACAAUUUGCAGCUUUGUGAAAGCAAGGCAGCUCUUACUUGUGUAACCAAGGCAGGUUCGGAGUUUGAAUUAACAGAGGUGACAUCCUUGAUGCCAAGAGAACCCCAGAACAAGUUGGAAUGCAUUUCAGGCAGGCAGUAAGUAUUUUUAGAGGACAGGUGAGCGCUACAGCAUGAACCUUACGAUCUGUCAGUGGAGGCAGACUUUACACAGAUAACUUUAAAUAACGAGAAAGUGACAAUCACAAAAGCCCGGCAUGCCGCAAAGGAGGACAGGACGCUUUGGGAGUAUGUAACCGAAGGGCUUGAUUUUGCCCUGAAGGAAGCACAAAACUGUCCCCAUUGAGGGCAAUGGUGUGGGGGGAAGUGUUCCAGACAUGAAUUUAGAUUGGUGUUUUUGGCCUUAUGUUUUACAUAAGACAGGGACGCGCAGGUCCCAUCCUGACCUCCGUAGUGAAGGCAGAGGUCCUUGCAUAACUUAGCAAAUGAUUACCGCGACGUGGUAGAAGUGCUUCCAUUGUGAAAGACAGAGGACUUUCCAGUGCUGAGUUGUUGGGUUGAGGGUGGAGAGAGAUGUCCGAGAAGUGUGUGUGUGUGUGUGUGUUUUGAGGUGGGGGUGGCAUAGCGUUUUGCUCCAUGGGGCUGUCUCCCUCGGGUGUGAGCAUGGGCCUCUGUAAGCCAAGGCGGUGUGUGAUCUGCUGGCCAGGCCGACUCCUUUUGGCUUCGUGCAGAGUCAGGAAAGUGAACUCUUUCCCCUCCCACUCCUGGGUUCAGUUAGGACUGGGUGCAAUGCCUUCGGUCUUUGAACCAGCCUGCAGGAGGCCAAGUCAGCCUGUCCCUGGAGGGCAGGGCCCAGAGCUUUCUCGUGGGCUCCGUGGUGGAGCAGGAGAGGCUGAAGUUGGAGUUCCGGCAGUGGACACUUGCUGUCUGGCUGCUGACUUCUUCAGGGGUUGCCGCUCAGUGGCCCACAGUUUUGUGUAUGAGCAAGAUGGAAGGUGACGUGUCUGGCUUUAACAUCGAUGCCCCCCGUUGGGACCAGCGCACUUUCCUGGGGCGGGUGAAGCAUUUCUUCAAUAUCACGGACCCCCGCACUGUCCUGGUACCAGAGCGGGAGCUGGACUGGGCCAAGGUGAUGGUGGAGAAGAGUAGGAUAGGGGUCGUGCCCCCAGGCACCCAAGUCGAGCAGCUGCUGUAUGCCAAGAAGCUCUACGACUCGGCCUUCCACCCUGACACUGGGGAGAAGAUGAACGUCAUUGGGCGGAUGUCCUUCCAGGUCCCUGGUGGCAUGAUCAUCACCGGCUUCAUGCUCCAGUUCUACAGGACGAUGCCGGCGGUGAUCUUCUGGCAGUGGGUGAACCAGUCCUUCAAUGCCUUGGUCAACUACACCAACAGGAAUGCAGCUUCCCCCACAUCGCUCAGGCAGAUGGCCCUUUCCUACAUCUCAGCUACAACCACUGCCGUGGCCACUGCUGUUAGCAUGAACAUGUUGACAAAGAAAGCACCACCCCUGCUGGGCCGCUGGGUGCCUUUUGCUGCCGUGGCCGCAGCUAACUGUGUCAACAUUCCAAUGAUGAGACAGCAGGAACUCAUCGAGGGCAUCUGUGUGAAGGACAGGAAUGACAAUGAGAUUGGUCAGUCCCGGAGAGCUGCAGCCAUAGGCAUCACCCAAGUGGUUAUUUCUCGGAUCACCAUGGCAGCCCCUGGCAUGAUCUUGCUGCCAGUCCUCAUGGAAAGGCUGGAGAAACUGUGUUUCAUGAAGAAAGUCAAGGUCCUGCAUGCCCCAUUGCAGGUUAUGCUGUCUGGGUGCUUCCUCAUCUUCAUGGUGCCAGUGGCAUGUGGGCUUUUCCCACAGAAAUGUGAAUUGCCAGUUUCCUACCUGGAACCAGAGCUCCAAGACACCAUCAGGGCCAAGUAUAGAGAACUCGUGCCUUAUGUCUACUUCAAUAAGGGUCUCUAAAUGCCCCAUCCCAGCAAGGACCAGUCUAUACCCAUAUUCACCAGCUCCUCCUUAGCUGCUGUGUAUACCUGUGCCCUCACUCCUCUUUGCCAACAUGGCCUGAAGGCCAGAGUGGAUUGGCGGGGGGCGGUGGGGAGGAGGGGGCGGGAGGAUGCCUCGUGCUUCCACCCAGGCACCUGGUUUAUUGGACUCCAGGGGAUAAAGGUGAACAAGGGGAGCAAAGAUCAAGUCUUCUGUCUGCUCCAUCCUUCACCCCCAUCCCCUGGAGACCAGGACCCCCUCAGGGAGAAGUUGCUGAGACCUGGGGGAGACACUGAAGCAAACCAUUUGGAGAAAUCAGGAAACUUUUGGGAUUCUGUUUCCAGCCAAGAUUAGGGAAGAGCCCCUGGGACAAAGAGAUGCUCCUGUUCCUCUUCCCUCCUCCUCGUCUUCUCAAGCUGUGGACCCUCUUACCCAUGCAAUUCUAGCUAACUCAGGAAGGGCUAGGGAAGAGGUCUGUGUCACCUUGGGGCUCUCCUGCUCUCUUCCUCAUUCUCCUCCCCAUGCCCCCUAGUCCGAAAGCUUCUUUGGGAGAGCUGCUGAACUUGAGUUUCUCAGGCACGCAGGAGUUCUUCAUGCUGAAAAAGCUCCGUGUGAGGCAGCAGAGUUUCAGGUGCUUCAAACCCUGUCUGUUGACACUGACUUUGUUCUCCUGCCCUAAAAUCAUGUCUGAUUUUACUUCUGUGUUUAAAAGAUAAAUCCACUAACUGUGAGUAAAAAGGAUGUAUGUAGGCAUUAACUCCACAUUGUAAUGGGUAUGAUUUCCAGGCUGCCUCCCUUCCUCAGCCCAUUGGGUUAAACACCAAAGACUGGUGUGUACUGAAUAGGAAAGGGAAGGUUUAUUUGGACACUGCUAAGAGGAAAUCAGCCAGGACCAAAGAGCCUUAAAGGACACACAGCAAAGCACAGCUGCUCGCCCUUCCCAGGUUGGAUUCUAUAGGCAAUUUCUCAAGCUCUGGGGGCGGGGGCGGGCCUGUUAUGGCUUACUUGAGAUCAAUGUCUGUAUGAGUUUUGUCUAGUAGAAUUUACUGACUGUUCAAAAGACAUCGCUGUGAAUUAAAUAAAUUUCUUGAAAGAGCACAAUGA